AUGGGAAGUCGGGUUCAGAAUACUAUCACUCUGUUCCGACCCAAGAGACAUCCGUCAUCCGCCGACUCGCAUGACUAUGUGUAUGAUUUUUCAGACCACAUUCGCGCUAAACAUGGCGAACUAAACGAGGGUCUUGAAACUGCCCAUCGGAUACGUCUUCCCAUACCAGAUAUCCGGUUCGAACAGACAUACCUUAGCCGCGUGCAGACGUGCCUUCAUGUGGAAGAAAUAGCGGGAAAAGGAGGCGGUGUCGACUCUCCAUUAUCCACUGACGACUCACUCACCGCUGCUACGCACGUUUCACCAAUCAUCACUUCAUCACAACAAAUUACACGCAUCGACUGGGGAAAACUAGCUUGGGUCACGGUUCGUGAUCAAGUAAUUAUGCCGUUGUUGCAGGGGAUGCUUUGGGGUGUCGUUGGAACAUACUACCACCCUUUUGUUGACAUUAUGAAGAGCAGUCUUCGUGGUAAACCCGCUCCACCCCUUCCAGUGGAAGGCGAAGGCGUGGGAUUGUUAAGGAGCUGGGCAAAGAAAUUGGGUCUCGGCCAGCUUACAAUUGGACCUGCUGGCACAACAUCCAGGUUGUAG